AUGACUCGUCCUCAUAGAUCAAAGCACCUCAGGCCUGCUGAACAAGAGCAAGAUCAAGCAGAGACUGAGUUCAAAGACGAGAAUGGUAUCAUUCAUACAACGACACGCAGUCUGAGAAAAGUAAACUAUGCAGAGGAUGAAAACAACUACAAUUCUAUGGAAGAUGACGAUGAUGAUGAAGAAGAUGGCGUUGUCAGAAAGACGGCUCGCAAUAGGAAGAGAACAGAUCUCCCGGAAGGAGAUCAAGAUUUUCCAGUAGUAGACGAGCUAGCAGAACACAAUCAUGUCACUGCCUCAGAUGUCCCAGCGGAUAAGCCCAAGGCAUACACUUACACGGACGAGGAUGAAAGCUUCCACGAGGACGACCUUGAAGAGCCAGAGGACGAGGAUGCAGCUGGCGGCUCUGCUGAUGAGUAUUUAUCGGAAGAGUCCAUAAAGAGAAGCCGUCGUAGAGCUGACCAGAAUUUUAUUGUCAGCGACGAGGAAGACGAUGAUGAUGAUGGUGCUGAUCCAGCAAACAACCCCAUUAAAAAUAGCGACCCCUUGCGGCCAUCAUAUCCUCAGGAUCAGCAUGUUGACACUGAUGAUGAUGACGAAUUGCGCUCGGGCCGAAAUUUUAGAAGCUCCACUAUCCAGGCUCGCAGAGGUCGAAGAAACGAAAUUUCACCACCAAGAAAGCUGAGACGGAGAGGAAGGUCUGCAUAUAUGGCCGAGGAUGGGGAGUCUAGGUCUGAAAGAAUAUCUUUGGCAGAUGAGCUCCGAGAAUUGAGAGACGACAGUCCGAUUCGGGAAAAGCGAUCUCUUCGAGAAAGAACAAAACCUGUAAAUUACACACUUCCUCCACCGCUGCCCGACAACUCAAUAGACGAGUACACAAGAAUCACUAAUGACAAAAGCGCUCUAGCAUAUCCCUCUCCCCGUGGUCGACGAAGGUUACCAACAGGCCAGAGUUUUGGGCCUUUGAGAAGACUGUUCCCCACUGGCGGACCAUUUGGAGGAAACGAUGUGACAGCCAUUUUUGGCACAAACACCAAUUUAUACGAAACGUCAAAUGGCAACGAAAACGGUAGUAAGCUAUUGCUGGACUCAGACUCUUCUGAAGAUGAGAUUCUUCCUUUGGGAGCGACAUCAACUAAGGAGAAGAAAGUCAAUUCCAAAAAAAAGAAAUCAGAAAUAGCGGAUCUCGAUCCGUUAGGGGUUGACAUGAAUAUAAAGUUUGAGGAUGUUGGCGGACUUGAUAAUUACAUUGACCAGUUGAAAGAAAUGGUAGCCUUACCAUUGUUAUAUCCAGAGUUAUACCAAAAAUUUGGCAUAACUCCCCCAAGAGGUGUAUUAUUCCACGGUCCACCUGGUACUGGUAAAACACUGAUGGCAAGGGCCUUGGCGGCAAGCUGCUCUACAGAGCAACAAAAGAUUACAUUCUUCAUGAGAAAGGGCGCGGAUAUCUUAUCGAAGUGGGUAGGGGAGGCCGAAAGACAAUUAAGAUUGUUGUUCGACGAGGCAAAGAAGCAUCAGCCCUCUAUCAUAUUUUUUGACGAAAUUGAUGGAUUGGCACCUGUAAGAAGUUCCAAGCAAGAGCAAAUUCAUGCAAGUAUUGUUUCGACGUUGUUAGCGUUAAUGGACGGCAUGGAUAAUAGAGGUCAGGUCAUUGUAAUAGGAGCUACAAAUAGGCCAGAUGCAGUUGACCCUGCUCUGAGAAGACCUGGUCGGUUUGAUAGAGAGUUCUUCUUUCCCCUACCAGACUUAGAAGCCCGUUCUAAGAUUCUCGAAAUUCAAACAAAAAAGUGGAAUCCUCCGUUACCUAAACGUUUUAUUGACAAAAUGGCAUCUUUAACAAAAGGCUACGGGGGUGCUGACUUGCGGGCACUGUGUACUGAAGCAGCCUUGGUCAGCAUCCAACGGAAAUUACCGCAAAUAUAUCAAUCGGACACUAAAUUAAGCAUUGAUCCUUCAACAGUUAACGUCAAGGCGAGGGACUUCAUGGCAGCUCUGGAGAAAAUUGUGCCCUCUUCGGCCAGGGCGGUUGGGAAUUCAGCACAGCCACUACCCGAAACAACCAAGAUGUUACUGGACGAACAAUUAGACGAAAUCAAAGGCAGAUUAUUGGAAGUAAUGCCUUUAGACUCUACAAAGCAGCGCACGGGAAAAUCUACAAUAAAGCACUACCUGGAAUACGAAGAUGACGACUCGAGUGAAGAAGAAGACGGAUUUUUGAAAGCAGAGUUUCUGAGAAACGUAACGAAGGCACGAACUUGUAAACCGCGCCUUAUGAUCACUGGCGCCAGAGGGAAUGGCCAGCAGUACAUAGGAGCGGCAGUUCUUCAUCAUCUCGAAGAUUUCAACGUACAAAUGCUGGAUGUGGGUAAUUUGGUAAGCGACAGCUCUAGGAGCGUUGAGGCAGCGAUCGUUCAAAAUUUUUCAGAGGCUAGAAAACGUCAACCUUCUGUUCUAUAUGUUCCAAACAUCGAAAUUUGGCUUCAAACAAUACCUGAAAAUGCCAUUUUGACUCUAGCAAGUUUAUUAAGCUCUCUUAAGAAUACUGAGAAGGUUUUACUACUUGCUGUUGCCAAUGAUUUGAAGGAACGGGACUGCGCAGAAGGGAUUUUAGCACCAUUGGACCUUGGUAGAGCUAUCUGCAAAAUUCGCAAGCCCUCUUCGUCUCAAAGAAGCAAGUUUUUCAACUCAAUAACGGAGCUUUUGAAGAUGAAACCUUCAAGUUUUGACUCAGGUAAAAAGAGGAGAGAGCCGCUUCCUAUUCUUCCUGCGGCCACGAGCACGACAUCUGUGGAUGAUAUUGACGAAAAUGGUCAGCCCUUAACGGAUGAAGCUAAGCUACUUAAAUCCCUCAAGCUUCUUCAAAGUCAUGACAUGAAGCUUAAAAACACUCUGAAAAUCAAGCUUUCCGGCCUCAUGGAUCUUUUCAAAAAUCGUUAUAAGAGGUUUAGAAAGCCACCAAUCGACGACGCUGCACUUGUUCAUUUGUUUGAACAAAACACUGCCCUGCACGACAACCCUGAUUAUCAACCGGCUUAUAUCAAAGAGGAUAACAUGAUACUUGAAUGUCUUACAGGGAGAAGGUUCUUCAACAUGGACCUCGACAUUGUGGAAGAGAGACUGUGGAAUGGAUUUUAUUCGGAACCUCGACAAUUUCUAAAAGAUAUCGAACUUAUUUAUCGUGACGCCCAUACCAGUCGUGACCGCGAACGCAUCAUAAAGGCAUCUGAAAUGUUUGUGAAUGCUCAGAUGGGUAUAGAGGAAAUAUCGGUGCCUGGGUUUGUUCAGGACUGCAAAGCAGCUAGGCAACGGGAGCUCACUCGCCAAAAGUUAUAUUCCAAGAAAGAGGCUGAAUUAAAUUCUUCUGAAGAUAAAGAAGAAGUCAUAUCACAACUAAGUGAUGCCGAACUGCGGAAGGAAGACUUAACAACCUCACCGGAAGAAAGUAACCAGGUUAGCUUUACAACUGAGACAAUAGCCAACGCCGGUGUUGGUUCGGGCAGUCAGCUUCAAUGCCAAUCUCGCAUCGAUUCUGGAUCUUGUGAAGAACUUGCUAGCGACCCUAGUUUCAAAGCCAAUACUGGAAACGGUACAAAUUCUGUAUCUAACGAGACAAGCAGUAUUGAGCCAAACGAGAAAGAGAAGCAGGGCGGUGCUGAUAGCAAGGAGAAUAAUGACGUAGCCGAUGAAAGAGUUGAUGUGAACGAGAGUUCUGAACAAACUCACACAGAAACAAUAUCAGUACCCAAUCAACGAACAAAACCGGCAAAGCAGCGAAAGCUACCCAGCCCAAAUGUUAUACUUGACGAAGAUAAGCUUCAAGUUCUUCUCAGAGAGCUCGAGCAGACAACUAAAGGGUUUACCGUGGAACAACUAGAGGAGCAUUAUGCGUCCAUUGUAAGUAUCAUAUGGGCAGAAAGGCUAUCACUCGAUAAAAGCCAUGCACUGGAGAAGCUUGCUGAGGUAAUUAGAAAUGCAUGA